CACUGUUGUGCCUCUGUUACAAAAAAUACGCUGCAAAUACAAUUAAAAUGUGGCAUUAACCUUCAGAUAUUUUGUAUCAGAUAAAAUACUAUUUUAAUACGAUGAGUCCUCGUCCAAAAGGUAUUAAAGAGAAUCAAGUCAUAUUAGCGGUGUCAACGUCUCUAGAGGAUGCGCUGGAAGCGGCUCUGCGCGGCGCGUUUGAGGUCGCCCUGGAGAUGGCAGUGAAGGAAGUCAGUAGAUUAACGGGUCAGGCGCUGCGAGAUUUUCAAGAUCAGAUACAUGAAACCCAGCAAGAGAACAUCACACUAAAACUACGAAUACAGCAGAUCCAUAUCGACCAAACCAACGCAAAACAACUCAGUGAUGCUUAUCCAACACGGAGCAGGGUCAGAUAUGACAUUCUGGGUCAAAACACACCGAGACAUUUCUGUGAAAAGGUGUCCGAGAAAGCCGAUGAAUAUGUGAAAGAAACUUUGUAUGAAAUAGACGAUGAUGGUUAUCCACGAUCACACGAAAUGCGCACAGUAGCCAUAAAUGAAAACGAUACCUCAGAUCACAUACAAGAGGUAGAGCCAAGGGGUCAGGACCCGUCAUCAUUUCAGCCAAAGUUUGAGCAGGUUAAGAUGAAGAAUGAAAAGGCAGAACCAGACUUGAUUGGCAGUUCUGGGUGUGAUCUUGAUGCUAGACCAGACUGUAGUUUUGACAAUAGGUCUAAUAAGGAGUUUGAGCUGGACAGAAUAGCUUUGGCCCAGUCUAAACUGACAGUGGAUUGGAGUCCCGAUUCAGAGCAGCAAAAGAAUGAGACUGAAAGUUUGGAUCCAGGACCCAGCCUUGGUACCUCAGAAAUCUUUUUGCCAUCAAGUGGCUGUGUAUCUUCAUUUUCCAAUCCAUUUGAUGGACUCUACCAUUCAGCAGACAAGACUUCCCUCACCCAGCCACCCGGAAAUUUUAGACACCAAGUGAGGACAGACCUGCAAUCCAAGCUGUAUGUUUGUAAAUUCUGUGGUCAUUCAUUUCAUAGUGAAAGUGAUCAGCGUAAUCAUCACAUUCAGUAUCACAAGCCUGUUAAGAGAGUAGGGAAAGGUGAUGAUGCAACCAGGACAAAAGAACGAAAACAGCAACUUUUUCCUCCUGGCUGCAGCCCGUAUCAUUGCGACGUGUGCAAUCGGGACUUCAAUCGCCUGGAGAACUUAAAGACACAUUUGCGGAUACACACUGGUGAGCGUCCGUACUCCUGUUCAGUUUGUGGGAUACGGUUUCGCCACGGAGGGGCACUGACACGCCAUUUCCGCAUUCACACUGGGGAAAAACCUUACGUGUGCUCAGAGUGUGGAAAGAGUUUUAGGAACUGUGGGGGUCUACGCUUCCACCAGAAAGCACACAAUCAAGUACAUUCCUUGAGUAGUUGAUGCUGCAUAUUUUGCUGCAGUAGUUGAUAUCGCAUAGAUAUUUUGCCUUUACCAAAGGGAAUUAUAAGUGAACAGCAAACUGCUCUACAAAGUUUCACAUUUUCUUUGUGGUUUAGUCUAUUGUGUGUUUGUUAAUUGUACACAUCUGCUAUUAUUGAUGGAAGUUAAUAACCUGAGAUUUGAACCAUUGCAAAUAUUACAUGAAUUCAAUAUCAGUUUUAAUAAGAGAAAUGCACUCAGUUUGUGCCUUUUACCCAGUGUCUUUAACCAUUGUGGCACAAGCAAUCAAGUUAAAGGUCCAUAACACAGAUCUCUCUCUUGGAUCUUGUUUUAAAAUUGCUGUGUUAAUAAAUUAGAAAUUGUGAAGUAACAACUGCAAAGUGAGGCUGUGCAACAAAAGGAGAAAUUUACUGUUGUAUUUUGAUUUUUACCUGACCUGACCUAAAAUAAAUGCUCCUCAAAAGCUAAAAUAACCAUGUUUUUUCACAUCAGUGUUGUAAGUACCGUGAAGUAGAAUUGAGAGGAGUAAACUUUUGUUUCACAGUGGAGAUCAUGGAAUUAUUUU